GCCAUAGAAUUAGUUUCAAAAUGAAAGCGUUAGAUAGAAAAAUAUUUCAAGUGUUAUUAAAGUAUACACGUCAUUCGUCAAAUAAUUCAUUAAGUGCAAAUCAGACUAUUGCUGUUCAAGAAAGAAUCAAAGAAAAAAGAAAACAUGCUCUACUGGGUGGCGGUCAAAAGAAAAUCGACGCUCAACAUGCUAGAGGAAAGUUAACAGCCAGAGAACGAAUUGACCUUCUUUGUGAUGAAGGUACAUUCUGUGAAUAUGACAUGUUCAUGGAACAUACAUGCACCGAUUUUGGAAUGGAAAACAUGAAAUUCACAGGCGAUUCCGUAAUAACCGGUCAUGCAAAGGUUAAUGGUCGACCAAUUUACCUAUUUAGUCAAGAUUUUACAGUGUUAGGCGGUAGCUUGUCAAGUGUACAUGCACGUAAAAUUAUGAAAAUAAUGGAUCAAGCGUUGUUGGUUGGAGCACCUAUAAUUGGAAUGAACGAUUCAGGAGGAGCACGUAUUCAGGAGGGUAUAGAGUCUUUGAUGGGUUAUUCUGACAUUGGCCAUCGAAAUGUAGUUGCUUCAGGAGUUAUACCACAAAUAUCGUUAAUUAUGGGACCAUGCGCUGGUGGAGCUGCCUAUUCACCGGCAUUAACUGAUUUCACAUUUAUGGUAGAUAAUACCUCAUAUUUAUACGUAACUGGCCCUGAAGUUGCCAAGUCCGCUACAAACGAAGACGUCACUCAUGAAGAACUAGGAGGACCCAAAGUUCAUACAACAAUAUCAGGGGUUGCUCAUAAUUCUUUUAAAAAUGAUGUGGAAGCAUUACUACAAAUACGUAAUUUGUUGAGCUAUUUGCCACAAUCAAAUAAGGAAUUUCCUCCUAUUAGAUCUUGUACAGAUCCAGUUAACUGCGACAUUCCAUUUUUGGAUUCAGUAAUUCCCUUCAAUUCAAGUGAUCCUUAUGACAUGUAUGAUAUCAUUUACGCAAUUAUUGAUGAAAGAGAAUUUUUUGAAAUAAUGCCGCGAUUUGCAGCAAAUAUUAUUGUUGGAUUCGCUCGUAUGGGUGGACGUUCAGUAGGAAUUAUUGCCAACCAACCAAAGGUUGUUGCUGGAUGCUUGGAUAUCAAUGCCUCAUUAAAAGCAGCCCGAUUUAUCAGUUUUUGUGAUUCUUUCAAUAUUCCACUUAUAUCAUUUGUGGACGUACCUGGAUUUUUAUCCGGUACACAGCAAGAAUUUUCCGGUAUACUUAAACAUGGUGCAAAAAUGAUUUAUUCCAUAGUCGAAGCUACUGUACCAAAAUUGUCUGUUAUCACUCGAAAAGCGUAUGGAGGGGGGUAUGCUACAAUGUUAUCAAGAGGUUUAGGAGGUGAUGUUAAUUAUGCAUGGCCUACAGCAGAAGUAGCUGUAAUGGGUGCUAAGGGUGCAGUUUCAAUUUUAUAUCGUGGAAAAAAUAAUAUUGCUGAGUUAGAAAACCAUUAUAUUGAUACAUUUGGUAACCCAUUUCCAGCAGCUAUCCGAGGUUAUGUAGAUGAUAUUAUUGAACCACGUACAACACGAUGGCGAUUAAUACGCGAUUUAGAAUUGCUAAAAACUAAAACAGUAAAUCAUCAUCCAAAGAAAAAGCAUGGAAAUAUUCCGUUAUAAAUAAUUAAAUUGAAAGUUUACUCUCGUAUACAAACAUUUGCUGCUAACAACAAUUAGAUAAACUUUAAAAAACUGGAACCGUCCGAUUGAUUUUCUAUUUUUUUUUAA